GAAGAGCGCUGUGGGAGGCUGCUCCUAUCCGAUACAGAAGAGCGCUGUGUGAGGCUGCUCCUAUCCCGUACAGAAGAGCGCUGUGGGAGGCUGCUCCUAUCCGAUACAGAAGAGCGCUGUGUGAGGCUGCUCCUAUCCCGUACAGAAGAGCGCUGUGGGAGGCUGCUCCUAUCCGAUACAGAAGAGCGCUGUGUGAGGCUGCUCCUAUCCCGUACAGAAGAGCGCUGUGGGAGGCUGCUCCUAUCCGAUACAGAAGAGCACUGUGGGAGGCUGCUCCUAUCCGAUACAGAAGAGCACUGUGGGAGGCUGCUCCUAUCCGAUACAGAAGAGUGCUGUGUGAGGCUGCUCCUAUCCGAUACAGAAGAGCGCUGUGGGAGGCUGCUCCUAUCCGAUACAGAAGAGCACUGUGGGAGGCUGCUCCUAUCCGAUACAGAAGAGCGCUGUGGGAGGCUGCUCCUAUCCCGUACACACCAUACAGCAAUGUUACAUGUGUUAACUCCCUCUGCUGCUUUUCAUUUUUAAGACCUUCAGGACACAGCAGUACUCCUAGAUCAAUUCAAAUGAGCCGCACAAGGUGAUAAUUAAACUGUCCACAAGGAGGGGCUGACUUGUGCAUGUGGUUUGCAGGUGGGUUUCGCACAGAUUAGUCAGAGAGACUGCAGCAGGGCCCUGUAUUGUAAGAGCUGUUUGUUCGUCUGCCCUGGGACUCGUCAGUCUGAGUAAUCCUGGCUAGUGUUGCACAGUACCUGCUCAUAGCAAGGUGUGUGUGUGAGAAGCGGAACACUCAGGAGAGUUCUGAAGCUCCAGAAGCGGAACACGCGGGAGUCUUCUGAAGUUUUGGUCUGAUUGCUGCUCUAGAGAGUGGUGUCGAGGAGAGAUCCACACAUUGCUGCUGAAUCUGGAGGGAUUGUGAAAAAAGGCUUGGAGAUUAUCGCUGAAAUGGAUUUCAUGAGGCUGGGAAAUGAGUACAGUCACUCUCAGAACACGUCCGGUUCAAAGACAGCGCGGACUGCAAGGACGCACCAAGAACUGCAGGACAUAAUGGACACACUGAACAGGAGAAAGCUUGCCAUGGAGAGCAGCUUGAAGAGCAGCGGGGAUUACUCUCCCUCCUACUUCACGCUGUCGCAAUCUCCCCCCACCAGCCCCCUUCGCUACGGGUCCACCUCAUCCAGUCAAUACCAAGACCAGGGGCGAGCUGCCGCGGUCCGACAGCACAUCACCGACAGGAAUCAGCGUUCAGACAAACCCCCUCUCUCCAUCAAACUGAGCGCCCCCUUCUCCAGCAGCAUGCCUCCCUCCCCGAGGCAGAGAGGCGUGCCGCUGGCAGAUGUUGCAGACGUACAUUACAGGGAGCGAGAGCUGUCCCUCGGCGCUGUGGAUCUGCUGGCCUACUCCAGAAACAGCCCCCGAAACAAGUCUCACGAGAACGUCUUCUUCUCAGGAAUUCUGGAGGGAAGGAAGAUGCCCGGAGGCUCCCUCCUUCCCAUGUGGAAUGGAGGCUCUGCGGGAGAUGCCCUCUCUCCUGGGGGGAAUGCCGGACCUGCCAGCAUGCCUUCCAGCCCUCGACUAGCCAGAAGGUUGAACAUGCAGGAGAGCCAGACGCUUCAGAGCAGGACCAGCAGAACUGGCAAAGACCUCGGCCCUGAGGCCAGCCCCAGGCAAAGAAAGCAUUCUGGGGGAUCCCUCACCAGCAUGGGUGUCUACAGCCGAUCCCUUCCACGACUCUAUAAGUCAACCGAGAGCCAGCUGGCUCCAUUGAGCGUGCCCCCAAGAAGGUCCCUCGAUAAUCAGUCUAGAAACCACGACAGUGAGUUCUCUCACAAUGGGACUGUGGAGGGGGAUGUAUUCCGUUACCCCAGCAGCGGCUCCUCGAGAACGUUGAGAAGUCUGGUCACCCUCGAGAGGACCUCCGACUCCAGCAUGCCGUGCAGCGUCCCGACCAGUCCACGGGUGGCCAGAAAAAUGAUCCUGACCUCCUCCUCCUCCAGCUCCUCGAGUAUGGACUUCCAUCACAAUGGCUUUCAGGGCUCCAGCAGCCCCAGCUUCGACACGGCCAGCGUGGAGAGUGUAAAGCUGAGCACACAGCAGGCUCCUCCCUUUAGGGAGCGGAAAAACAGCAUCAGCUCAUUGAGCGGUAAACAUGAGCUGCAGGACUAUCACCAGAGACAACGGGAUGAGCGCCUUCGAGAACAAGAAGUGGAGAGGCUGGAACGCCAGCGUCUGGAGACCAUCAUGAACCUCUGUUCGGAGUUCUCCAGGUCAGACCAGGGCCCCUCGGCUGUGGCCGACCUUCAGAAGAUCAACAAGGAACUUGAGAAGCUCCAGCUGUCUGAAGACGAGCUUUCAGAUUCCCAGGCCAGCCAGGAAAACGCUUACAAUGCCAAACCCGGAGAUCUCUCCUCCAGAUCUCCGAACUUGUCGUUAUCCGGAUCGCAGUGCAGGAAUCAGUCGGAUCAGGGUGCCUCCAGAGACCAGGUUUACAGGGAUGCGGGGAAUGGAACGUGGCAGCUCAGUGAGGACCUGAAGUCUUCGCAGACGUUGUGUUCAAGUGGAGUAAAGACCAUGGGCGUUUCUUCAAACCCCAGGAUGAACAAGCCCUCGGACACGUCUGAGGGUGACCAACAGAAACAGGAAGUGAUCCAGAUAGAGGAGGAGCGGAUCCAGGUUCUGAACAACAUGGAGGAGCUGGAGCAGAAGAUCAAGGACCUCAACAACCAGCUGGACGAGUCUGCCAGGGAGAUGGAGAUGGAGCGUGCAUUGCUCGAGGGGGAACACGAUUCAGAGAUGACACAACUGCAGCAUGAGAAGGAAGUCCUGGACCAGCUGAACGAGAAGAUCACAGCCCUCGACAGCAAUGCGUUCUCUGAGAAAUCAAAGGAAAAAGCAAAGCUUGACGCUGAAAGGGAAAAGCUAGAGAAGCUGCAGGAGCUUUUUUGUGAGCAGAAGACCCAGCUUGAUAGCUGUCCUGAAUCCAUGAGGGAGCAAUUGCAGCAGCAGCUGAAGAGGGAUGCUGAUCAGCUGGAAGUAGAAACCAAGAAGUUUGAGGAUCUGGAGUUUCAGCAACUUGAGAAGGAGAGUCGUCAGGACGAGGAGAAGGAGAACACAACGCAGCAGCUCCUUCGAGAGAUCGCAGAGUACCAGCGCAGCACGGUCUCCAGGAAGGAAAGGCUCUUGACUUUGAAGAAACAAGCCAAUCAGAUUGCACAGCAAGCUCAGAGUGAAAAGGAUCAUUUUCUGAAAGAAAAGAACAAUUUGUUACUCAUGCUACAAAGAGAGAGGGAAAAACUAGGCACCCUAGAAAAGAAGUACUCUGAGCUGACUGGAGGGAAAGGGUUUCCUGUCAACCCCAACAGCAUGAAAGAGGUGUGCGUCCCGCUUGCUGACGUGUGUAGACUUCACUGUGGUUCCCAGCCCCACACUUCCUUGUCUCUGCUUCCAGCUGACCUGCUCACUUUCUCCUCUCUCUUGUCUUCACUUCCCCUUAAGAACUCCAAGGGUUAUGUCACAGUAAGUGAGAUCAAUGAGAUCUAUGGCAAUUCCGGGAGCACGCCCCCCCUCCCCACACAGACCCCCCCUGCUGCUGUUCCCGUUGAGCCGACUCAGGAAGCCCCCGCCCCUCCCAGGCAGACAGCACAGCCCCCCCAGGAAGAGCAUUUUCGAACCCUGGAAGAACGGAAGAAAUCCAGCAAGGAUGGGACGUACCUGAGUGACACGCUGCCCCGGAAGAAAAGCGCCCCGGCAGUGUCUCCCCAGUUCAGCAGCGCUACUCUUGGACGCAGCGUCACACCCAAGUCUCACUUACCCCUGGUCCAAAGUGCCAGCUGUGGCAGCAUGCUUCCUCGCAACCUGAGCGUCUCCCCCAAGGACCUGCAGGCCAGGAGGAUACACAAGGGGAAGUCUAAGAAAGGAUCAGCAUCACAUUCAAAGGGCAUCCCUGAAAAAGGGCAUAAUUACGACCAUAUGAGCGAAGAACAAAGACAGAGAUCGCCUGAGUUUUAUAGCAGAGCAGCAUCUGAGAGUAAUGUGUAUUUGGAUUCGUUCCACUGCGCUGACAACGGAUACAAGGAACAUGCAUUCGACACUCUGAGCAUGGACAGCUCAGACAGUAUGGAGACCAGCAUAUCCGCUUGCUCCCCCGACAAUAUCUCAAGUGCCAGUACUUCCAACAUCGCUAAAAUUGAGGAGAUGGAACGUCUGUUGAAGGAGGCCAAUGCAGAAAGGGCAUGUCUGCUUGAGACAAGGGAGCGGGAGAUGGAACUGAAGAAGCAGGCACUGGAGGAGGAGAAGCGCCGGAGAGAGGAGCUGGAGAAGAGGCUGCAGGAGGAGACCAGUCGCAGGCAGAAGCUGAUCGAGAAGGAAGUGAAAAUGAGGGAAAAGCAAAGGGCUCAGGCCCGGCCGCUGACCCGCUAUCUUCCGGUCCGGAAGGAUGAUUUUAAUCUGCGGAGCCACAUAGACUCUGCGGGUCACAACACUGAGACCUGCUACCACGUGUGCGUCACAGAGAAGACCUGCAGAGGCUUUCUCGUGAAGAUGGGGGGGAAGAUCAAGACGUGGAAGAAGCGCUGGUUCGUCUUUGACAGGAACAGGAGGACGCUGUCCUAUUAUGCAGAUAAGCAUGAAGCCAAGUUGAAAGGAGUCCUAUAUUUCCAAGCCAUUGAAGAAGUCUAUUAUGACCAUUUGAAGAAUGCGCACAAGAGCCCGAACCCGUCGCUCACGUUCAGUGUGAAGACCCACGACCGGGUGUACUACAUGGUGGCCCCCUCUCCCGAGGCCAUGCGCAUCUGGAUGGACGUGAUCGUGACGGGGGCCGAGGGCUACACGCAGUUCAUGCUGUGAUUUGUACAGAGACUGCAGGUCGUAUCUACACAGGACUGCACUGUCGAGAUCGCUCAAGACAAACAGAACGUGGCCAGUGCACUGCCCUGUGUGCGUCGCUCUCAAGUGUUGAUGGGCUGUGGUCUGUGUGCAGUGUGUGGCACAUGGCAGUGACUGGUUAGCUUGUCAGUGGGAGUAGAAGGAAUCUAAAGGUGAAUACCGGUAUGUGUAAGAGGAACCAAAAAAAAAAAAACACACCAAUAAAUCCUAUAUAUCUUUCUUUGUUUUAUAUUGAAAUAUUGGUUUACUGAUAUGCAUCUUGUCACGCUGCCUUAUUCUGAUACAUUAAGUAUUAAUUUUAGACUAUUGCUCAGGAAAA